AUGGUGUCUCUAUCUGAAGUCCAGGUCUCGAAUGCCAAAAUCGCGACCGCGCUCCCAGCGGGCCUGGUCGCAGUUUUCGUUGGAGCGACUAGUGGCAUUGGCGAAUAUUCGUUGAUGGAGUUUGCUAGAAACGCCAAGCAACCUCGUGUGUACUUUGUCGGUCGUUCUCAGGAGGCUGGGGAUCGUAUUGCCAAGGAAUGCAGACAGUUGAACAAGGAGGGAGACUUCAACUUCAUUAAAGCGGAUGUCAGUCUGUUAAAAUCAGUUGAUGAUGUCUGUCGUGAGAUCAAGCACAAAGAGAAGGCCAUCAAUGUUCUCUUCAUGACAUGUGGCUCGGCAUUGGCUCAUGUUGGUUAG